AUGCAAGAGAAUGACGCCAAAAAGGAGUAUCUGAGGGAUAUCGAUAGAAAUCUUAAAAAAAAUUACCAAAAGAUGGUUAAAUAUUCUUUAGAGAGCCACUUCAGAGUUAGUGUUUUUGCCAGCUUCUAUGAGAGUGAUUUGAUGCCGUUAAUCAACCUGCUCGACUUGUACACCUUCACGCACGCUUUUAAAAUGUUAUGUGAUACGGACGAUCUAGUGAGUGGACUAGCUAGGGAGGGAUUGAAGAAGAUUUUGUCGGAAAGACUUCGAAAAGAGCCUAGUAACAUCGAUAUGGCUCGUUAUCUCUCUGUUGAUUUGGACCUGACGCGAUAA